AUGAAGCAAGAAGCACAAAAAGUUAUUGUUGGACAAACGGAGCUUUUUGAGCUUAUUGUCGUCAGCCUGUUUUCAGGUGGUCAUGUGUUGUUAGAAGGGGUGCCCGGCACGGCGAAAACACUCGUUGCGAAAACCUUGGCAAUGAUAGUCGCUGGGAAAUUCAGCCGUGUACAGUUUACCCCUGACCUGAUGCCGUCAGACAUUAUCGGUACCAGUGUCUACGAUUUGACGACGAACCAAUUUAACCUCAAGCGCGGUCCCGUUUUCACGAAUGUCCUCCUCGCUGAUGAAAUCAACCGUGCACCUGCGAAGACGCAAUCGGCACUCUUAGAGUCUAUGGAGGAACGGCAGGUAAGCAUUGAUGGUGUUCGUUAUGUACUCCCACCGCCGUUUAUGGUAUUAGCAACGCAAAAUCCUAUCGAAUACGAAGGGACCUACCCACUUCCCGAAGCGCAGCUUGACCGGUUUCUGUUCAAAUUACGGGUGGAUUAUCCCGCUCCCGAAGUGGAGACAGAGAUUUUGAUGAACUAUCAUCACGGUUUUAACGCCACACGCUUGGAAACAAUAGGUAUUGAAAGUGUCGUUGACAGCACGGCACUUCAGGCGUGUCAGGAUGCGAUCCAAGCGGUCACGGUUGAGGAUUCGAUCUUCAGUUAUAUUGUCGGUUUGGCGGCGGCAUCGCGGGCGUCCAAUGAAUUAGUAUUAGGAGGGAGUCCACGUGCCUCGAUUGCGCUAUUGUUGGCGAGUAAAACCUACGCCGCACUUCAAGGACGGGAUUAUAUUCUGCCUGACGAUGUUAAAUUCUUGGCACCAUCUGUUUAUCGACAUCGGAUUCUCCUGAAGCCAGAUGCCGAGAUUGAGGGGCUAACCCCAGACGAUGUGAUUGAUAGGUUACUCGCCGAGGCAGAAAUUCCGCUUAGUAAAAAGAAUGCAUUUAAGCAACCGUCUCCUCAUCUUCCUACUUCCAAUCGCCGUUCCGAUUGUGCUUAG